GACAGAUCAGACUCCUCCAAACUGGAGUAGAGCACCACUACCGUUGCUACGGCAGUCAGCCGGCACAGUAACCGACCAAAAGCGUGCGGCACAACCGUUACGGUAAAACCGGCGGCAGCGCGGGAACGGACAGUGGAAGAAGAAUCUGGAUCAUCUGGAUCGAUUCUCGUGGAACGGACGAGGAAACAGAAGGUAAGCACAGUUAAUGGACAGAUUGGAACGACAAAACUCGGAUAAUUCAGACUCGGAAAGUAUUGGAAACCCACUAAAAGCAUCAACACCUAUAAGAAUGGAAGGUGAAUACGGCUAUGACACGUCAUAUGGUGAAGGAUCGACGUCGUCAGUGGGAACGGCUCAGAACGAACCUGGAACAACCCAAGGAGGUUACUACGGAGGACAGGGAUAUUACGUGUACCACGAUCCAGGACAGCAGACGAAUUAUCAGGACACGGUUAACUGGGUGCACCACGGCUCACCUGCCGGAACCCAGUAUUCGGGACAAGCAACGAGCGCCCCUUAUCAACCGUAUCCAGGAUCGUAUACCCCACCGGCGGGACCAUCGCAGAUGAUAAUGGGACCGGCAAGAAUGUUGAUGCCGCCACCACAACAGACUCCACCGAAUCGAUUUACGGGACAUGGAGGAUUCAGCGGAAUGUUAGCGACCCCAGUACAGUCACAAAGGUCAUCUCCGAUAUUACCGCCUUUUCCGGAGACGGGAGGCUUGUCACUGUCGGACAUCGGAGCGCCUCGCAUGAGAACACCGCAGCAACUUGGAGCGCAGCGCCCUCAUCGUAAUUCGCCACACAGAGGAGGAAGGCGACCGAGAGGCAUUCUACCGUCAUUGGGUCCAAACUUGGACGAGACUGGACCAGAUGGUUUACGGCUUACGCCUCCAGGUGAACCGUCAAUACAUGCAUAUGCACCGAAGCUUCCUUUGGAUUUGAGAGAGGACGACGCAAGCUUAAAUAUGAUUCCGAAUAAGGAGGACAAACUGACGGAAAACGACUUGGAAGCUAUCCGAGAAUUUAAUCGAAAAUGCCGCGAACUUUAUAGAAUUCACAUGCGAGUUGAAGACGAGCACGCAUGGUACGGAAAGUUGAUCAGCCUGGAAGCCGUUAUUAAACCAUGUCAUAUCGCCCUGAAGGAAAAGACAAAACUGAUCGAAAAAGAGCGCAGGGAAUACGCGAUAAAAGUUGCGUCGAUGUGGCAAUAUCACCCGUCGCUAAAUGGUAGGCCAUGGCCUUCGAUCGUCGAAAAGAUCCUUAAGUAUCUUAAAGUGUUCCCGGAAACAAGACAGAUGCAUCCUACCAGCGUCGCGGGACCAUCUAAACCCAGAGCUGAAAAAGAUGCCCCGGUUGAUGAAAUGACGGACGAGGACCUUUUGGCCACAAAGCAGAAGAUUGAUGCCGUAUUAACGGAACGAGCAGAAAGGUCACGGGCCAGCUCGGUUGCAGGAUCAGGACGUGGACGUACUAGUUCGGUCACAGAACCAUCCAGUGGCACCACGAAGAGUGGAAAAAGAGUGAGAUCACCGACGACAAGCCCAAAAGAAACCGAUAAGAAAGGGCAGCGAACAAAGAAGCCCACAGAAAGCAAAGCAACACCAGCUGAGCCGGCAAAGCCACAGGCCCCGAUUCCAGUGGGUAGAAAGAGUGUACCACCCACGCCGAAAGGAACAGAAGGUCAGAUUCGAUUCCCGAAGUGUAGAAGUUUCACGGCCAAAUACACUGGGGAAGAUCAUAAAGAACGAAAGGUCACUGCACGAAUAGUCGAUAAGAAAACGAACAAAGAGAUCGAUUCGUAUAAUCCCCUCGCGGAUAGGUCAGUCAAGGAUGCCAUUGGGAAAGAGUCAAAAACGAUAGUCAAUGAGGCGCUACAGUUUAUUCCCCCAGAAGAACGUCAUAACCCAAGAGUUAUCGUUCAGAUGAUGAAGCACGUGGUAUCUAAAGUUGCAACCGAAGAAGAUGCAUGGAUCCGUAUCAAAGUGGGCACAGAUGAUGACCACUUGGCAUAUACAUACACAACGGACGGCAAACUGUUGAUCAAAGAGAGAACUCGCUCAAAACCGACGGCGGAUCCAGAUCCGAAGAAACGAUCGUCAGAUGAUUAUGAGUCGGUCCUGAGAUAUACAGAGGCGACAAGCAGAAAGGUCACCCUCAGACUUUUCGGUGGUAAUGGAGAAGCUGUGGAAACCAUAACUGCAGUGAUAGUCGAUCCAAUAACAGGAGACCCGGUUCCAUAUGCCCCAUGGGAUGUAUCGGAAGAGAGCGCUCGAAAUGCGAAUCAGGCAGCCAUAGAACAGUUAUGGAAUCUGAUACCUGAAAGUGACCGGGAAGAUGCGGUGGUCCAAGCAAGUACACUCAUCAGCAUGAUGCGGCAUCGAGCGGAGAUCGAUGGAGCACAUUUCCGACUCACAAGACGAAUGGAAGACGGAUCGUACAAAACGGUAUUUUACGACGCUAAGAAGAACCCUUUGUGGGAGGUCGCUUCACAGGGACAGCUGAAGGAGACAGCGCACUUGGAAAUUCAUCCCCCGGCACAAGAAGGCGGAGCCGGAGAGACGGAAGAGGCGCAGGGCACGUCGGCAAAUGUAACUGAAACAGGAGGGGCCAGACGUUCGCUACAAAGAGUACUUGAGAUUGCCCAAGGAAGUCAUGAGCACCUUCAGUGUGAUGAACCAAACUGUGCCCAUUGUAAUCCACCUGGUGACGACGAACCAGAGUCGGAAGACGAGGACCCACCUGAGGAAGAAGGCUCAGACGAAGAAACGGCCGAUAAGCAUAAAAAGCCCUUAAAGGUCAAGCCCUCAAAAGUCAAACCGAGGAAAGCGCCCAGAUUGGAAGAGGCCAUGAACCGGGACAAGGUUAAGAAAGGCGAUUUUCUCAAGAAACGACGGGAGGAAGAAGGAAAGAAGAAACGACAGGAGGAAGACGAUAAGAAGAAAAAGAGCGGUGAUGAAAGCGAUAGCACAAGCACCGGGAAGAAGAAAAGAGAUGAACCGGCGUCUCACGAUGUGGAGAUAUUGGACGAGUCAGUUGGUGAAGUCGAAGAAAGGUCAUCGACACCUACGAAGUCAAAGAAAGUUAUCCAAUCGGCUACAGCAGAGCCAUCAAAAACCAAAGGAAAGGUCAUAGCGGUGAAACAAGCUGUCCCUAUUGUCAUUUCCGCGUCCACGCCAAAGGAGCGCAAGGAUAAACAGAUCCGAGAAAAAGCGAAACGGGAGACGUCGCGUGAAUCGGAGGCAUCGGAAGUGAGCCUUCCAAGCACUUCGACGGUUAGUGCGAGGUCACACACGGACUCGAAAACGACACGAUCAAGAACCACUGAACCAAGAAGCUUAGCGGAAGCUCUGGAUAAAGGGAAAAAAGCAAAGAGCGAACCCGUUAAGACCAAAGGAAAGGGCAAAACAGUCACGAAAAUCGACGCAUUAGCGACGGUUAAUUACACUGAACCAGAUGGAGAGAGUGAACUGGACUUCACCUCAGACGAAGAAUUUGAUGGUCCCGAUGAUGAUAAUUUGAACACGGUCGAUGAAGUGAUCAGAGCGUAUAAUGGAGCUGAAAAGAAUUUCACACGAAUAAGAACAGCAUCGGUGACAUCUAAAUUUAAAGCAGGCCUGAAGACGUAUUUGAAGAAACAACAUCGUAGCUUCACUAAACAAAAGUUCGACGUCGUAUUGGAAUUCGCGCGGAACGCAGGAAAACUUAUACAGAAGCAUCCGAGUUUCUCGUAUGAGGCCAAGUUGUUCAGACCAGCCAGUUCGGAUAAAGCGCUGACAACUCCGAAUGAAGCGGUCCCAAUGCGAGUAGAAAGGGCAAUCGCAGGAAUGACAAGCCCGUUAGGAUCAACAAGCCAUCGGAUUAGCCAAUAUACCAACGCAGUUUGGAAUGACGGGAAUGGGAUGAUAAAGGAGAUCGACACGGCAACCGAGCGUGUAUUGCCAAAAUUGAUUAAACAGAAUAUCCUUGCUACAACAAACGCAAAUAAAGGACACCCGAUCCGAUACACGAGAGUUGGUCUAAUACCACCGGAAAGACAGAUCCACUGUAAUAUGUCCGACAGUCAGGAUAUGGAAAAGGUCACAGUUUCAUCGAAGACAAAAGGCCCAAUGGACUCGGAAUCGGGAAGUGAUGACGAUACUACAACAACGGCUCCUUCUAGACCUGCGACAGAAAAAGGUGAACAGUCGAAAGGUCAAGAAACAUCUGGAACUACCGCAGAAGAUCAACCGAAAGGUCAUGAGACGUCAGAUAAACGGGAGAAAGAAAAGGUCAUGCUCCCGAUGGAUAAGGCAGCGGCAGAAGCUGAAGCGGAUUCGGCGCGCCAGGUGUUUCACAAAUCACUGUUCAUACCAUUAAAGGACGUCUUUGAGUAG